AUGUCGUACACUAUUGCUGGUAUGAAGGUUCUCAACGAGCACCUGGUGCUCGGUGUGUUCGGCACCAUUGGCCUGGCUGCCUACGCGGCUACGCGUGGUGGCUCGAAGCAGUCGGCGCCGAAGGCUGCGACGGAGGUGCCUCUGAACGCUAGCAGCCCCGACGAGGAGGCGUUCAUCAAGCAGUUCCUGGCGGAAGUGCAACAGGAAUCGAAAGAAUAA